ACAACAGGAAACCAUCACCAUGACUACCAGCACAGCCACCUGGAUCUGACUGCGCUCACACCUAAACUGGCCCACAGACAAAUGAGACACGAGAGACCCCAGCGGAUGAACAACAUCCUGACCUCGGCCACGGAGCCCUACGACCUGUCCCUGUCCAGAUCCUUCCAGAACCUCAGCCAUCUGCCGCCCUCCUACGAGCUGGCCCUCAAGUCUGAUUUAAGUAAAUACUCGUCCUCGCUCGUCAGAUUAAGUGAUAAGGACGUUGAUGAUUACUACACGAGGAAGCAUCAUCAUGCUGACUUUGGCGGCAGGGGACCGACCCACAUGGUGAAGCUGAACACAGAUCAUCAACAGCACCAGCAGCGGCAGCGUCCCCGUCGAGUCCAGAGGGCCAUGUCCCAGGACCACGUCUUGUCUCCCCCCAGGACACCACGCCGUGGAGACUAUGGCUUAUCGUCGUAUGGCGUCAUGGCAGCUGCAGCGUACAGCAGCAGCCGGCACCUCUCAGACGAGCAGCUCCUGUCGGCAGACCGCCUACAUUCCCAGGAUCCCUUGCUGUCGCCUGCGAUGAGGCGUGACAAGUUCCGGGAGAAGGCGAUGGCACGGGCGAUGUCUCACGCCGACAUGUUGAUGCCCGUAACGCCCGUCAUGGACCGCCACAAGAUGACCAAGAUGCACUCUCAGCCCAGUGCCUCGAACGACUCCUACAACACGCUGACGGUCAACCACCAGGCGACCACGUCGAAGAGGCAGGCGUUUGCCUCCCGACGAACUCACACAGUGGACCACCUACAGUACAUUCCUGGCCACCACCACACAUACCGCACUGCCAGUAAGAACGAAGUAACUGUUUAACCACAGAGAGGUUAGCCGAAGGAUCCCUGAGACUCAACACGACGUCCACAGAGUCUCCUAAGCAGCAGCGACGUCUUCUUGUUCAAACGACCUCCUACAUUAAACUCUUCCUGCUUUUUAGCACAAGCUUCCUGUGUCAUCCAGGUUUUGGGUAACUAGAAUCAACCCCGGCAAAGACACAUCUCUCUAAAAGUAUCAUAAGGGCUUAGCGUGUUGACACAAAGAGAGAUCCUUCAUGUCAGACAUUUGACAGCGUGAAGAAAAUAUUUUUUAAAACUGGACAUGGGACUAGAGGGGAAUUGUAUCAACUUUAUAAAUAUAUAAAUAUACUAUAUUUACUACUUGUAUUUUCAGUCCUUGUUAUAGCUUUAGAGAUUCUCAUUGACUGAUGUAAGCACUUCAAGUAGUGCCUCUUGAAAUUGUCCCAUUUCUAUGAUGAAGUGGAUUCGUGGGUUAAAAAGCACAAUUUAUGAAUUCCCUUUUUUUGUUCAAAUUAUUUAUCUCUUAUUCUUUGGUAAAUGGCCAGAACAUAUCAGCUUAUUAGUGAAUACAGAGGCUGUUUCUGUUGCAUACAGUAGAAGAUUGUAAAUACGCUAUAUUAGCAGCAUUUAAAGACAAAAAGCUGGCCUUGGCAUUAUGUUGUGCUUUUUUUAUCUCCCACUUGGACUCUAUCACGGAUUCUCAAGUACUAAUUUCAGUUUUUAGAUAAGGCAAAAAACCCACAUUUAUAUCAUUUCCACAGAUGUCUGCAAUAUAUGUGGAUUUAAUAUCUAUAUGGGAAGUAUUGUUUUCUUCUUUACCUGUGCUUGUAGCAUAGAUAGUGUAUGAAACCACUGUUGGUUGGUAGUUUCAGACACCAAUCCACAUGUGAAAAUGGAGCCUGAUGGUUGUUAAUUAGAUUAUUUUCCAUUCACACAUUUCCUUGCUUUGUCAUCCACAUGUAUGACCCCCGACCCAACUUCCUCGGGUAGUGAUUGGCCAGCUGCUUCCAUCUCUUCAUACCAGGUACUCUGUGUUGGAGCUGAGGAGCGUAUAGGUUGAGUGGUAUUUUUGUGCUGGUGUGUUGAAACAAUCAGUGCUUUAGAGGACGUCAUACUUGCUAGUCAAUCAAGCAUUAAUUAAAACUGUGAAAUGUUGGUCCAGAUGUUUCCAUUAAAGCAAUGCCUUAUUGUAUGGAAUCCCAUAUGCUCUUCUGAACAAUCACCCUUUUGUCAUGUGUUGUCGUCUUAGCUUUUUGUGCAAUGUUAUCGAGUUUAAUUUACCAGCAGAACCAGCAGUAAAGACUUGUUCAGUGAUAGAUGAUGCAAUUAAUAUACCUCUGAAACACUAAAUUUAAUUGAGGGAGUUUUAAUCUCUGUAAGUAAAACAAUCAGUGCUUGUUAAGGUUUUUCUAUUGGAAAGAUGUUACAACAAUCACAUUACCUUAACUUUAUUUUAGGUCUAUUGGCCCUUAAGUAUGUAUACUGGUCUUUAAAUUCCAACUGUUUAUCAAGAUAAACCCAUUAGAGGAGGUCUCAUGGGACUAUUUGAUUCAAAAUGAUUAAGAAAAAAAACAACCAUGUUGGACUUGGAGUUAAACAAAGUGAGGUCUCAAGUCCGUACAAGUUAGUCCUAAAUCAAGAUCUGAUGUCAAGACAUUCAGCACCAAGCCUAGUCCCACUGACAAGACAAUUAAGUCCCAAAUCAAGACAAUUAAUUUCCAAGGUAAGACAAUUCAAUCCAAAAUUUCAACCAAAACAAGACAAUUUAGUCCCAAGUAAAGUCAAAACCAUGCACUUCCAAGUGAAGUCCCAAUGUCAAGACAAGUUUUCCUCUAGUAGAGUCAAUUUAUUCCCAGGUGAAGACAAUUUACACAUUGAAUUUCUGUAUAUUGUCAAAAUGUCAUUGUAAAGAAACAAGUUAGUUAUUUAAAAACCUUUAGAUUUAGAUUUUCUUGAAAGGUCCAUAUUUCAAUAAAGUCCAAAAUAGUCAACCUGUAAAGAUCUCUACAUGGUCAAGAACAUUUACAUCUGAGUCCUAAAGUCAAGAAAAUGUAUUUCUAAAUCAAGAAUAUUAAGUCCUGAAACAUCAGUCUAAGUCUACUAUUUAGUGCCAGGUUAAGACAAUUUGGGCCCAAGACUAGUACCAAAGUCAUACUAUUUAGUGCCAAGUCAAGACGAUUCAGUCCUGAGUAAAGAUGUUUAAGUCAAGACAAUUAAGUCCAAUGCCAAGUCACUAAAGAGCCAAGUCAUUUUUUAAGAUCUUUAGUUUUUUGAUUGUUCACAUGUCUAAUGGACCACUACAGACCUCUAUUUGAAAAAAUCAAACGACCGUGACAAUAUGUUUGUUUACUAUCAAACAGUCUGGUGGUCAUAAACUGUAUUCAGUAUGAAGUCUCCUGUAAUUCUUUAAACUUCUACUUCAGUGGCAAAGCCAUUUUUAAGUAUUAAAUCUAUGAUUAUGUUUAAACAAGCUUACAUCUUUACAACUUCAUUAAGUUGAUUAUCUGUUUUCUUUUUUUAUGACACCCCGUAAAUUAAUGACCUUGUAGGAAGGUGAAAAAUCUGCCAAAUGAGUUCAUACAAAUUGUUUCUUUUACAUGCUUUAAAUGUGCUACUUUCCUUUUAAUGCUGGGUCUGCAUUAAAUGAUGUCAAUUAGAGAUUGUCUUUUCUCCUAUAAUCAUGGUCUUUGUAUAUAUAUAAUAUGAUUUUUCUUCUUUUCUCUGAGAGUGCUUGCAGGUAAUGAAGUACAUUUUAUAGCUAUGGGUGAGAAGGAUGUUAAUUGUUCAGUAGGCUGCUUCAGACAGAUAUCUGUACCCUUUCACCUAGCUCGACUAAUCUUCACCAACGUCUCCUCCUUCUUUUCACUUAAUUAAUAAUGAUGUCAUCCCAAGAACCUUUUUAUCUAUGUGCAAUAUUUUCUAUUCAUGCACCAUAACUCUAUAGCCACUUACUCGUUUAAAAUGUUGUGAGGUUAAUUGGCUGCCAUAAAGGGUAUGUUGUCCUUUUCAGUUAGAAUUGUGGUAUUCAUACUUUAGAAGGAGUUUGUUUUAUAUGCAGCUUAAUGUGGUAUGAAUGAAACUGGUGUCUGGGUAACUUGCACAAAAUACUGGAGACUAAUUUAAAAGCUUCAAAACAACAAAAUAUGACUGUUCUUGUUCAUUUUCUGUUUGUUUAUAUCAUAUUAAAGCACAUCAUGUGUGUUAUAAAUCA